CUGGAGCGGGCAAUUGAUCUUUCUCAUUGGUUGACAAGAGUCAGCCGCCCAACUUGACACUCGAUGCCCUGGACUGUUGAUGCACGUGGACACAUCAUGACAAACAAACAGUACCGAGUCUGAGUAAACAGCAAAGGCAGAUAGGUAUUGGAUUGCUUGAGAAAACAAGAAACUCGCGAAUAGCGGAUAUAUCGCGGCAAAUGGAUCUGUAUCUACCUAGUAUCCAUCCCCUAUGGCCCGCUCACCGUUUUUCACUCAGCUUUAACUUCGUACCCCGGUUAGUCUAGGUAGGUACCUCCACCAUGCCAUGUCAAGUGAGGCAAAAUCAAGUGACGUACAAUAGACGCCGUUCAAAUGAUAUAACUUAAGUUAUGCAGGUAAAUGCAAUGCCAGACCAUUACCAUUUAAUAAAUAAAUAGUCGCAUAUCGCGGUUGCUAACUAACUUAACUGUCAACCAACCAACGACCAUUCACUGUCUAUGUCUGUUACCAGCUUUGAUAAUACAUCUCUCUCACAUCCAUCAGUUUGUAUCCAAAAAGCUAAAAGCCUUCACUAGAAGCAGCACAAACCCUUUUGAUCGCUGACCUGAGUGACCUCUGUUGCAAAUGGGAAUAAUGAAAUACAUGCAAGAUUCUGUCAUAGGUACCCAUAGGUAACAGAAGAGCACAGUCAGUAGGUAUGAACAAGGUAAGUAAUGCAACAACUAUAGUACCUCGCGUUAAAUAAUAGAUGUUCUGCUUCGCAGUUGAUCGAUGGGCCGAGAGUGCUCAUCGAAACACCAUACUGAGCACGCCGCCAACCAUUACGAAGCUAGAAAGGGCUUCAGUGCGAGAUUGUAAUACAUCACGAUGCCAAGAUUCGUUCAAAGCCGGGGGUUCUUUAUUUUUAUGUUCGUUUUUUUUUUGUAUUUUAUUAUUUCCCAUAUCUCCAAAAAAAGAAAAUGAAAACCGCCACCCAAACCAUGAACCAAACAUCCUUCUUCAUCGUUGGGCUCUGCCCCUAGCUGACCAUUUGUUCAUUCUUCAUCCUGUACAUCCACCGCAAGCAACAUCAUUCUCAUCUUUCUCGCUCUCCUCUCAUGACUCGUACUUUACUGCUGCGCGCCAGGGUCAAAGCGAACCUCGCAAUGGGGCAACGCGAGUUGUGGGAUAGGGGCCUUCUUGGUGCGAGCCUUCUUCUUGGGCGCGGCACUGGCUUCCUCAUCCGCCUUGCGCUUGUUGUGACCAGUCUUGGUGGUAUUGGCUGUGGCUGUGGCUGUGGCUGUGGCUGUGGCUGUGGCUGUGGCUGUGGAAGUGAAAGGAGAUAGAGUAGUGGUUGUUAUCUGGCUCAAUGCAGCAGGGUUCAGGAAUUCUCCCUCGGAAGCUGCAUUAGGGGUGUUGUCUUGGCCCUGGGACUGCUAGUCGGGGUUAAAGACAUUGUCCACAUCACCAAACAGGUUGUUAUGAGGGUCUUGAGGGUGGAAGUCGGGGCCCUGUGGAAGUUGGAAAGGGGCAUCUUGAGUCUCUGGAGAUGCUACAACGGGAGAGUACGGCAUCUGUGCAAGGCUCACAUUGGGUGCGGCACGUGGCCAGUUUGAGGCAGGUCCAGUAGCGCUAGAAGAUUUGAAGUCUGAGCAGCCAGUAACAGGCAACAUGGUGUUGUCGUUGCCAGCAGUAGCGUUGGGGUCCUGAAGAUUGUUUUCAGGGAUGGUUUCAAGACUGGCGAAGAUAUCCGGAGGGACGUCAUGAAAAUCAGCCGAAGACAUGUCUUCGGUCACUCCCGCGGUCUGCCUGUUCACGGCAUCGACGUCGAUAGAAGGGUCUAUUCCGGCAAUCGAAAGAAGAAUGGUACGAUCAGCGCGGCUUAGCUCACCACCAGCUCGGAAAUGCUCAAUGAGGGCAGCGCACUCAGCGUCCAAGUUUCGGUUGUGCGGGUUGGGGAUGUCAGCAAUUUGGACUCUGAUGUCGGUCUGCUCGGGAGGAGGUCGAUCGAGCUCGUUGGAGACUUUGCGCAGCUGGGUGCCUUGUUCAUCAUCUUGGAGAAGCAUGGAGAUUUCGUCAAUUGGCUCAGACAAAGUGUCAUUGUGUCCGAGGGACACCUCAGGUUGAAAAGUCUUGACAAUAUCCGGAUAGGGCACAGACAUAGAAGGGUCGACAGUGUGGGAUGUAGAAUCAUCCCCAGAAUGAGCAGCAAGCCAUGUGGAAACAGGAAGAAGACAGUGGUCAUCGGUCAUGGCAGCGCCAGAAUCAGAGACGGGAGUCGAUGGGGGAUGGGAAGAGCCAGGUUGCGUUGGGGAGAAUCGAGCAAAAGGCUCAGUAUCGAAAUACAAGUUCUCAUCAAGGGUAUUUCCAACGUCAACAAUCAUGGGAUCGAGGUCAGCAGGAAUCUCAAGGCUGAGAUCGUUAAUGUUGGUAAAGUCCUCAGCAGGCUGCAUGGCGCUAUAUCCCGAUGGAUUGAAAGCUUGGGAAGUGUAGUCGUUGCCAGGGAGGUUAGCCGUGGGUUGUUCGUAGGUGGUCUGAGAAGUGAAGCUGUUCUCUUGUAGAAACUGAGGAGUCGAAUCACCGCCAGCAGCAAGUGGUUGAGUGUUGCCAGUAGUAGAUGACAGGGUGAGGUCACUGUCAAGGACAGCUUGGGGAGCGAAAGUGGUCGUCAAAGCUUGCUGAUUGAAGACAUCGCCGCGAGUAAAUUGUGUAGGUAGGGCAGUGUUGCUCUGGAUAAUGAAGGGGUCCAUGGAAUUGUGAGGGAUAGGACCGUUGUUGAGAGAGGGCUCAACGCCGAGAGUAGUGGCAAGGUGAGCAUCGCCAGCGACUUUGGGAGCAGAAUUUGUUUUUGUUGCUGUUGUUGUUGUUGUAGUAGUAGUAGUAGUCUUGCGUCGCUUCUUAUUGACAAUGUUCUCGGAUGGGGGUUUGAGAACUCUAGUCUUAGAUUUCCUGUUCCUCUUUGCAGACUUUGAGUUUUGGAUCAGCUCACCAGUCCUGGCGGCUUCAUCCAUAGCAUUCUUUUUCUCCGCCCGAAUCUCUGCGAGCAAUCUAUUGAUCUCUGCGGUGUCUAUUUCCUUGGGUCCGGGGAGGUAGUAGACUAUCAAACAUGCGAUCACCUUGGGGUGUGAUAG